UUUGUGUUUUGAAGUGUUCGCAGAUCUGGGUGUUGCUGACUAAAGAAACGGAAAGUGGAAUAAAGCUGCUGUCAGACUGGAGAACAUAGAGACGCAUCUCGACACUCCGCUUGGAUACAGAAGAUCAACGCGGAUAAACGUGUUUGAGGAUGGAGGAGGAUGCGCCAGUCAAGUCGUCAGUGGCUCAGCUGGCUGGAAAACUCAAAGGUCAUGCACCACCAAUGCCAGGAAGCAUGGAGGUGAAAUCUAUGAGAAGACCCCCAUGUUCUCUGGUGAUAAACAACCAAAAAGAUGAAGAACAUGAAGAGAAGGUGUUCAUUUGUCCUCAUCCUCCUAAGUUGAAGAUAAAGAGCUCACCCCUCAUUGAAAAACUACAGGCCAAUCUUGCUCUCUCUCCAACUGUCCUGCUCUCCCCACCCAAAAGUCCAGAGUCCAAACAGCCGCCCACAGCCUGCAGUCCCAUCAGCCCCUGCAGCUCCCUGAGCUCCACCCUGCAGCCCACUCAGCUGUCCUGUGAAGAUGAGGCGCCGGUUAGCUUCGAGCAGCCGGUCGAGGGUACUCCACAGCCAAGCAUCAACAAGAGUCGAGCUAGGCUGUCUUUUAAGCGACGGCUGCCCACACGACAACACAGGAAGUCAGCAUGUGAGGAGACUAAAUGGAACGAGGGAAAUGACUCUCCAUGUGCACCAGAUAGUCAACAGCAGAAUGGAGAUGAAGGGGAAUUAUUUGGUGGGCCUUCACAGGAGGAUACUGAAGAUAAAACAGACUCUGUUCAACCCACCAAUGGCCCACAACAGGAAAAAGACGGGACAGAGCACUUAGAUGUACCCCAAGAAAAUGAGGGGACCGAAGUAACCCAUAUAGGAAGUGAGGAAUUAAAUAAGGGAGGAUAUGAACCUUUUGACUGUAAACAGGCUCAAGAAGAAGACAAGGAAGAGACAGAAGAGGACAGGACAGAAGUGAAAGAAGACAAGGAAGUUCUGGAUGCAGAGAACAACCCAGAAUAGAAGUAACAGGGUAAUGGUCAUCAAAAUGUUUUUUUUUUUUUUUGCGCAACAUAAGCAUUGAUUUAGCAAGCUAGAAUAGUGAGAAGGUUAUUGCCGACCACAGUUGAAUUAAUAGCGAUUCUAACAAAUGUUCAUGUGGAUUCGCUGAGAACAGACUCCAGUAUAGAUGAAGAAUGACAAAGUCUGAAUGCCAGGAUUGAAUUCUUCUCUUUUAGGACUGUGGAUUUGUGGACUUAUUGCUAAAGCAAAUAGUACACAAAGGGUUAGAUGUUAUCAGCACACUCAUGGCAAUUUGUUGCAAUUUUAUGUUUUGGAGUAUUGGUGGUGAAUUUGUAUAAUCUCAUUUGUAUGUUUUUGUACAAUCUCCUUGCACCCCACUGCUGGUUAGGUUUAGUGGUGGACCUUUAAAAAAAAUCAUACAUUUUUUUUACAAAUCAAACUGUACAAAUUAGCCACCAACUGCAAAAAUGUGUAACAGUUAUGUUUUCUCAAGAGAUCAGGUGGGAUCUUAUAGCUAAAAUGAAGCCAUUAUAUCAAACCCUGAGUUUCUAUUCAAACUCUGUAUGGUAUGUCUGAGUUAUUUAUAUGCCUUGAUUAUCUUACUUGCUUUUUCUUUUAAAUAAACGUAUGUUGGAUUCUUAUUUGCUGUUCAGAGAACAGGAACGCUUUCACCUUUGGAGAGCAUUUUCCAUUUUAAAAAUACUUUUCCAGCCUUCACCCUGUUUGAAUAUUCAUGUGAUAAAUAUCACUGAAAUAGGUGUAGUUUUAUUGACUGUUGGUUAAUUUGAAAUAUCUGACAUGCCUCUGUGAUAGUCCUAGGCUCUGUAAACAGCAAAAGUUGUCUAGAAAUGCUUCAUAAACACUUCAGAAAUGAUUUAUCAGUCAUUUUGAGUGUUUAGGUUCACUGACAUUGAGUUGGCUGAGAGGGUUGUGGAGAGGGUGUGGUUAAAGUUGCAAAAUCACGAGUCACUAACUGCACUUUUAUUUUCUGAUGGUUACUAAAAUUCACCGUUUUUUAAUAACAAGAUACAUAUAAUCAAUACAAAGAACAUAGUGGCAGAUAUAUUGCGAAAGCCAAAUUUAUCAGCAGUCUCCACUGCUGCUAUGGAAAGAUACUUUAUUAUUAAAUAAAAUGCCUGAAAUGUAUCACUGUGACAGCAAAGCUACUGUACUGCAUCAAUGAUCUACUACUUCCCAUAUAAGUCUGAAUAAAGAGCUUUAUUUACACUUACCAGAUGCUUUCCUUUAUUAUGUAAGCAUCACUGACUCCACUGACUGGCGUGAGCAAACCAGGUAACAUGGUUACCCCCCCUCCCAUUUGAAUUGCUUGACAUAAUAAUUUGCUAUCUUACUGAAUAGUUCACUUUUUAGUU